AUGAGCUGCAGCGCGCCGUCACCGCGGCGCCGACGCAGGCCUCCGCCACCACCACCGUCACGCUGGACGCCUUGGAGGAGGCCGUGCGCAACUCGGUGGAGCGGCUGGCGCUCAACAACAUGAUGGCCGCGGGCGUGGGGGCGCGCCUGCUCAGGGAGGUGGCCAACCAGCUGCAGCUGCCCACCGCGCCCAGCCAGGACAUCCAGUUCCAGUGCGACUGCCCCGUGUGGGACCCCACCUUCCUGCCGGGCCGCGCGCUGCCCUGGCCCGGCGUGGCCACGCUCUACGUCGUGACGCCCACCUACCGCCGGCCCGAGCAGGAGGCCGAGCUCACCAGGAUGGCGCAGACGCUGCUGCUCGUGCGAAACGUGCGCUGGAUCGUCAUCGAGGACGCCAAGGCCCCCUCCAAGCCCGUGGCCAAGCUGCUGCAGCGCUUCGGCCUCCCCUACGAGCACCUCACCGCGGCCAUGCCGGAGCAGUACCGCAAGAAGAAGGGCCCCAAGCCCAAGGGCGUGGCGCAGAGGAACCGGGGGCUGCAGUGGCUGCGCGCCAACGCCAGGGAGGGCGUCUUCUACUUCGCCGACGACGACAACACGUACGACGUGUCCAUCUUCGAGGAGAUCCGCACCACCAAGAGGGUCUCCAUGUGGCCCGUGGGGCUGUGCACCAAGGCCGGGCUGUCGACUCCGGUCGUGUCCACGGCCACGGGGGCCUUCGUGGGCUUCCACGACGGCUGGAUCGGCGGCCGCAAGUUCCCCGUCGACAUGGCGGGCUUCGCCGUCAGCGUGCAGUUCCUGCACCAGCGGCCGAAAGCCCAGAUGCCGUACUCGCCCGGCUUCGAGGAGGACGGCUUCCUGCGCAGCCUGGCGCCCUUCGAGCCCAAGGAGAUCGAACUGAAGGCCGACAACUGUACCAAGGUUCUCGUGUGGCACACGCAGACCAAGGCGAACGCUCCCUCGCCGCCCCUGGACAUGGCCAAGUACAACCAGACCAACCUCGCUGUCCUCAAGACCAUCAUUGUGUGACCUGCAGCCAUCAUCGCCUGCGGCUGCUCCAUUCGACCACAUUCGAGUGAUAUUUUUUAAAAGACAGUAGACACAGGGUCAUCCUUAUUACUGCAAGAGAAAGAGAGAGAAGAAGAUGAACGAAGAGCGGUGCUUAUGUUCCAUCGUCUUGGACUACUAGCCGGGUUCUGGUGUGGACGCAGACAAAUGCGAAAUGAAAACCACCAAUCGUCCCUCUGGCACUUAAAUCGACGAAUGACAGCUGACGUCAUCCUGGUGUCCUGUCGUGAUGGUGUAGGCAAUCCGUUUGGGUUUGCACCAAAAGAAUGAGCUCCGCUCGCCCACCGCUGUUGCGAAACUUGUGCCACGUGCUGGAACCAGCUUCUGAGUCGGUUUCCGAAGUUUCCGCGAAUCUUUCAAUUCUGUGGUUUUACUA